UCGGGAAACAGGUCGCUUCAGUGUUCCGCCGAGCUUCGUUCCACGCGAACUGUACAUCUCUCUCUCCCUCUCUCUCUGCGCCUACGUUUGCGCGACUCCGAGAGUUUAUACCCGCGGAUUUUUACGAUUAACCAGUGCUUCGUUGUUUCUUUUACAAUCGAGUGCGCGGCCCUUCGAGUUGUCGGAGGAAGAGGAUUUUUCUUGUGAUACGCAACACGGAUACAGACAGUUGGAAGAAGCGGAGGUUUUGAAUUUGGAGAAACCACGCGCCGGAUUCAGGCUGCGCCGAUAGUUUCGAAUUUCAGGUGCAGCCGCUCGGAGCAAAGGCCACUUGAUGCGUUGAAGAUGCGCCGAGUGCCGAACAACGGUGGGCAGCGAGCCUGCGCCGUUGUGUGGGUGACGUCGAGUAUUUUUCUUAUCUGCCUCACCGCCGUCGCCGCUGGCAAUGCAAUAACCCGUUCGGUGGGCCGCUGCCCGGCCUACGACGAGCAGAACAUCUGUCCGGCCCGCUCGGCCGCCUGCAAGUCCGAUGGCGAAUGCCAGUCUCCGUCGGAGCGCUGCUGCCCAACGGCCUGCGGGGACCGCUGCGUGCCCGGCGAGCUGACGGGCUGCGAGCAGCUGGCCCUGGCCGCCAGACGGCGCUCGCGGGCUCUGGGCCCCGGAAGCCCGGCCCAGCUGGUCCCGCGCUGCGACAACGUCACCGGCGAGUUCGAGCGGGUCCAGUGCGACCCCUCGGGCGGCUGCUACUGCGUCGACGAGUACGGCGGCGAGGUUGCCGGCACCCGGGCGCCGCAGCGCCGGCUGGUCGACUGCGACAAGCCCAGGCUCUGCCCGGCGCACUCCUGCCGCAUGCUCUGCCCGCUGGGAUUCGAGAUCGAAGCCAAGACCGGCUGCCCCAGGUGCGAGUGCCGCGACCCGUGCCGCGGGGUGAGCUGCCCCGGACUGCAGUCCUGCGAGCUGAUCGACGUGCCCUGCGCCAGGCCGCCCUGCCCGCCGAUCCCGAGCUGCCGCAAGGCCAAGUCCAUGGCGAACGUCUGCCCGGCGGGCGAGCCCCUGCAGAUCAGCGACUCGGCCCGGCCGUUCCUCUGCGGCGACAGCCCCGGCAAGCCCGACUGCCCGCCGCUGUACCGCUGCCUCGUGGAGCCCGGCCAGGAGUACGGCGUCUGCUGCCCCGCGAGCAAGGAGCUCAAGCGCGCCGGCAGCUGCCCCGCCGACGAGCCCGAGCACUGCGGCAGCCCCUGCUCCCACGACCUCGACUGCCCGGGCCCGCAGAAGUGCUGCGCCAGCGACAAGUGCGCCGCCAGCGUCUGCGUCGCCCCCAAGGGCCUGAGCGCCUGCCACAGGAACAGGAUGCUCGCCGAGCUGCUCAGCAUCUCCGAGAGGCAGGGCCGGGGCUACGUUCCCCAGUGCUCCGAAGACGGCGAGUACGAGCGACGCCAAUGUUCCCGCAACGGACUGGUCUGCUGGUGCGUGGACGCGCUGGGUCAGAAGGUCAGCGGCUCGAUGGGUCCAGCGGAGAAGGUCGACUGCGAGAAGUCGACGGUAGCCCCUACGAGCUCCGGCCAACCUCGAUCUCUGCCCUCGUCCGGCUGCAGACUCCAGCAGUGCGCCCAGGUCUGCCAGUACGGCUUCAAGACCGACGCCGACGGCUGUCCCACCUGCGAGUGCGACGACCCCUGCCAAGGGUACCCCUGUCCACCGGGUGAGGAGUGCGUGCUCCGCCGCGAGGACGGCUGCCCGGACUUCCUGUGCCCCACGAAGCCGGAGUGUCGUCUGCGACGCAGCUUCGGGAACCCCUGCGUCUCGGGCUCGCCUCUGAGCGACGAUGAGGGCAACGCCGUCAUCUGCGCGGCCGGCAACAGGACCUGCCCGCAGAACCACAGCUGCAGCCCCGUGGCCGAGGCCGAGCAGUCCGUCUGCUGUCCCAUCGUGCCGCCGCCAGCCAAGGAGCCCACCAUGUGCGAGUACCUGCGCGACUUUGGCGAGCGAAUGGAGGGCACGAGAGAGGGCAUGGCUCUGGCGAUCCCGGCGCCCCAGUGCGAGGAGGACGGCUCUUACCGCGCGCUCCAGUGCCAGGAGAAGAACUGCUCGUGCGUCGACGAGUACGGCGCGAGCCUCAAGAGCCCAGUCGAGCCUGCCAGCACCGACUGCGCCGAGCUCCGGGACCUGCUCAACCUCUGCGACGCCUUCAGAUGCAACCUCACCUGUCCCUACGGCUUCGAAUUAGACGCAGCGGGAUGUCGGCAGUGCCGUUGCCGCGACCCCUGCCAGGAGGUGAAUUGCGCGCCGAACGAGGCCUGCACCCUCGUCGACGUGAACUGCGGGCCGGGCCAGUACUGCCCAUCGGUGCCCGCCUGCCUGGCCAUCAAGCCUGGACAGUGCCCCUACCUGGUGCCGAGCUCGUCCAGCUGCGAGGUGCUCUGCAGCACCGACCAGGAGUGCACCGCCGGCGACAAGUGCUGCUCCACCGGCUGCGGCACGCAGUGCGUCUCCCCGGUGAUGGCGACGGCCUGCCAGCACGCCAGGGCCGUCGCGGAACACGGCGCCCGGGAGUCGGGUGAGCCGGCCCGGCGAAGCUACAUCCCCCGCUGCGACGCCGACGGACAGUUCGAGCCGGUGCAGUGCCACGCGGGCAUGUGCUGGUGCGUCGACGAGGAGGGCCGCGAGGCCGCCGGUACCAGGGUCGUCGAGGGACUGCUGCCCAAGUGCGGCGCGCCCCAGAGCUGCCCGGAGGUCGACUGCGGCCUCGACUGCCACGACGGACUCGAGCUAGAUCCCACCACCGGCUGUCCGGUCUGCGCCUGCAGGGACCCGUGCAAGGCCGUUACCUGCCGCGGAGAGAACGAGGCUUGCAGAAUGGUCGAGGUGGCUUGCAGCGCGCCGCCCUGUCCGCCCGUCCCGGUCUGUCUGCCCAAGAAGGAGAACCCCUGCCCGAACGGCUCGCCCCUGCUGGUGGAGGACGGAAGUCCGGCGACCUGCGGACCCCACGGCCAGAGCUGUCCCUCGACCCACAAGUGCGAGCUCUCGCCGCUCGACGAGUACGCCGUCUGCUGCCCCAAGCCCCGAGAGGUCUGCUUCGAGCCUCCGCGCAAGGCCCCCUGCCCAGCCCAGGACGUUCACCGUAGAAGCGCGAACGAGAGCAGCGAGCGCUGGUACUUCGACUCGGAGAUGAACGAGUGCCGCAAGAAGGAGGACUGCUCCGCGGGCUACAACGACUUCUCGAGCAAGCUCGUCUGCGACACCGUCUGCCCCGUGCUCUCCCAGUGCGAGAGACUCCGCGAGAGGAACCUCAAGACCUCCCAGAAGUACAAGCAGCCGUCGUUCCUUCCCAGGUGCAACCCCGACACCGGAGCCUGGGAGGCGGUGCAGUGCCUCGAGCACGUGGGCGUCUGCUGGUGCGUGAACAAGAAGGGCGAGCCGAUCAAGGGCUCGCUGACCCGCGACGCCGAGCCGAAGUGCAACUUCCGGCAGGCGCGCCGAGGCCGGGGCGGCGGCGGCGGCUCGGCCAACCUCGAGAUCGACGCCGAGAUCAAGGCCUACAUGGAGAGCGCCUUCCUGGGCCUGUCGGCCGAGGGCAAGGAGAUCAACAAGGUGCUGGGCAGCAGGUGCCAGGCCAUGCGGGAGCGGGGCUUCGUGCCGGCCAUCUGCGACAAGUACGGCAGGUUCGAGCCGACCCAGUGCGCCGGCGAGACCUGCUGGUGCGUCGACGAGGCGGGAAAUCAGCUCGUCGGCUCCGAGCCCUUCGUCAAGGGGACCAACAUCUGCCUGCCGACCCCGGUGGAGGCGGUGGAGGUGACGCUGCACUUCCCGGGUAGCUUCCUGCCGGUCGAGGACGAGCCGCUCUUCGCCAAGGAGGCGACGGACUUCCUGCAGGGCCUGGGCGCCAGGCUGAAGGACGGCGUCCAGGUGGAGAUCAGCCAGGAGUCGAUAGUCCUGGCGUUCGAGGUCGUCGGGCCGAACAAGGUCGACGUGGCCUUCCACCUCGAGGAGCUGACGCGCAUGCAGAAGCUCAGCGUCCUCGGCUACCUGGCCGACGCGACCACCUCGAGGUUCACGCACCGGGUCACCGCGGGCACGGCCAACAACCGCGUGGUCGCCCUCGAGCAGCGGGAGAUCCUCACGGAGCUCGAGGCGCCGGUCUUCCAGACGGCCACGCUCGUCCUGGCCGCCGCGAGCGCCUUCGUCAUCAGCAGCCUGCUGAUCCUCCUGGUGCUCUACCGGAAGAAGAUGAAGAUGAAGGACUCGACGGAGGCCAUGUCGGCGGACCAGCACUUCCUGGCCUACAACAGCCAGCCGGUCUACGUCAUCUCCGGCGCGGCCGAGGAGAAGGAGAAGGAGGCGAUCGCCACCAGUCACGAGGUCGUCCCCAGAACGUCCGAGAGCGUCGGCUGAGCGUCUGCAGCUGCAACGUCAUUACGCGCCACGGCCCGUCUCACACUUUCGUCCAAUUUUCUCUCUCUCUCUCUCUCUUAUCUCCCCAACCCCCUUUUUCCCAAUCGAUAUCUCUCAUAUCUCUCACUCUCGUUCCUAGACCGCACUUCCAUAAUGAUGCGCGUUUUAGAAAGAGCGAGCGUCUGCUUUUGACGGGAUCCCCGAGUCUUGCACACACACUCUGCGGAGGGGGAUUGCGAAAACCGUGAGCCGCCGCAAAGCCGCUUAUCUGUGUGCGGCCGUUAUCGGCCGUCGCGAGGCGCGCAUUCAUGCAAAUCAUACGAUAUCGAGCAGACCUCGGGGAUACUUGUAUACCGAGUUUUUUCGCAUACAUUAUACGAGCGCGGCGCGCGAUAAGGGAAUAAUAAUAGCGAAGACAAGAGGCGUCGUCGGCGGGCCGAGAAGGAGGCUCUCCUCCUCGUCGCGUCGACGGAAGAAGGAGGAAGAAGCCGCGUUCGAUGGUCCCCGCGUUCAUUGGGCGAGCGGGGAUCUUCGAACGCCGACGCGUCAGGGCUCCUCUCUUUUCUCACACUUGGGAAUGUAUAUAUUAUAUUUAUUAGACUGCACACCUACGGCGCGUAUACUUAACUGUUAGACACACGCACACACGGCGACUCGAGAUUGAUCCGACCUUUGAUGCGCACAACACUGCAUAGCGUGCAGCCGUCGCUCGUGUAUACCCGAGAGACUUUUUGUAUCGCUUUUUUUGGUACGUAUCGUUUGUACGACGACGUUUACACUCCGUAUAUAGCGAAGCGACGCUACAUCUCUGUUGUAUGCCCGCAAAGUUCGUUUAUCCUGAGUUUCGCGCUAAAACACGCAGCGAGCAAGUUUGCCUUUUUUGUACGAUGGAUUUUUCGAUUCAGCGAUAUAUUAUGUAUCAUCCCCUAGCUCUCUAUCUCUCUGGAAGAAAUUUUUUUGUACAGUUUUAUGUGUAGUGUGUAACGUAGCAAUAAGUACGGAAGGUAGGAUAUCUCUCGGCUCAUCAGUACCUAACAAGCCCACUCCCCGACCUCCUCGUAUAUACACUUAUAUGGAUAUAGUAAUACCCGCAGCAUCAGCUAUAUAUACAUAUAGACACAUUAUAUAGGGAGACGAACGAAGGUUCGUACGAAUCGAGGCAAACGCGAGAGCGCCGAGACGCUUAGCCACUGGUGCGCACAUAAUGUUGAACUUGUGUUGCGCGCGUCAAAGCGACGGAACUCAUCCGCGCGCCCGCCCGCCCGCUCGAAGGGUUGCAACAAUCGCUGCGCGGAUCGACUGCAUGAACGACAAAAUACAAGUAGAGUAUAGCGAUGUUAAUUUAUUUAUUUGACUAACCCUUUAACAUAAUUUCAAUAAUAAAUACACGAAAAGAAACAAAAA